CCUCAACCCGCCCCCAUCCUCCAAUUGAGGAUUCCAAUUGAUUCUAACACAAUAUCACCAGCCCAUCAUCAUCCAAGAUGAUCUGCACACGGUGUUUUCCCGCCGCCCGGGCGAUACUCCCAACCCGUCCCGUCCUCAACCUCUCAUCCAGACCUGCCCUUCUAUCAAGACCUAACCCCUCACAAUCCCGUACACUCACCGUCCUCACCGCCCGCCGUCCCCUCUUCCCCUCCUCCCCUUCCACCUCCACCUCCAUCUCCACCUCCCUCUCCCCUUCCCCCACCCCCUUCACCCCCCUCUUCACCUCCUCAUCUACCUUCCUCGGCACCGCACCCAGCACCCACCCCUCCCUCGCCACCCAGCAACUGCGCCACGCGCCGCGCAACACCAUGCAGCGGUGGACGCAUUUUGUGCGGAAGCGGCGGCAUGGGUUUUUGAGUCGAUUGCGGACGAAGAAUGGGCGGAAGACUUUGGCGAGGCGGAGGACGAAGGGGAGGAGUACGUUGAGUCAUUAGGGGGGAGGCGGAAUGCGAAUGGGAAUUGCCGUUUGGGGACGCAUAUGUUGAGUGUGGGAUAGAAGGGGUGCCGUGGAUUAGAACCAGCACUUUCACGAUGUGUUCGUUGGAUUUUUGAGUUAAGGGAAGCAAUGUACAUUUACGGAAAAGGGCCAAUUGGCGGACAAUACAUGUAUAACACCAAACGGUACAUACCUCACACCUACCAUAGCUACAUCAGCAUUAUUCGAGACGGGACGAAAAGCUUCCCGGUUGUACAACAGCACAAUUCAACCCACUACAAAACCACCAUCACC